AUCGUUAUUCUACCAAAAUCGACCUUGAAAAAGUGCAAAAGUCACGCAAGCUCCCCUCCUACCACACCUGAACUUUUGAGUUAUCUUUGGCACUCUACAACUCCAACAAUGCUGAAUCCAUGCUGAAAUGCCACCAUGCAAGUAUUGCAACGACCUCGAGAUACCUUCGUAUCAGACUGUUGUUCAGUCUCGGCCUCCAAGGGAAUACAACGCAUUCUCUGCAAUUCCUUCAACCGAGCCUCAAGGAGUUAAACCAUCCAUAACCAUUGCGAUUAACGCCAUCCUCAGCGGGGCCGACACACUGCAAUGCGAUGCAUGCAUUGUACUUCGAAAUGCCUUACCGGCUAUAUCGAAUGGAUCUUUGAAUGAAAUUAGGGAGAUAGAGUGCAUAGGAAACAUCAGUGGCACACUAGAUGUUGAAAUUAUGUUGAACUCAGGCUCUAGAGAAAGGUUCGAAUUUUAUACCCACGCAGAUUCCCCUUCGCCAUGGCCGAUUAUCGGAGUAGGAAGGCAGGUAUCUUCAGAUUCGUCAUCUGAUGAUUGUAUACAGCUUGCGGCAUCCUGGAUCAGAAAUUGCGCCGAGUCUCAUCAAGAUUGUCUGCGCCUUAAACAUACCCCCCUUCCGACAAGAGUAAUCCAUGUGGGAUCUAAUCUAGAAGAGCCGUACCUGUAUGUCUCAAAACAGGAGGAUGCUAACUACAUUGCACUGAGUCACUGUUGGGGAGGGUUGGUCCCAAUGACGACAACUCGAGCCACGCUGGAGCAACGUCAGCGCGAGAUACGAUUCUCGGAGCUGCCAAGAACAUUCAAAGACUCAAUUAUUAUAGCGAGGAAACUGAAAAUUCAAUAUAUUUGGAUAGAUUCCUUGUGUAUCAUACAAGAUUCCGCGGAUGAUUGGGAGAGGGAAGCUGAAAAAAUGGGUACUGUCUAUCGCAACAGUUUGGUCUGCAUUGCAGCUGAUGGAUCUUUGAACAGCCAUGGAGGUUGUUUCAUAGAAGGACAUCCUAGCCGCAAUAUCGAUGUCACCUGUAUUCGAUGCCCAGGGGCGGCAAGUGCAGAAAGUUUCAUACAUGUCCGCAGGAGCCGUCAGGUCAUGUCCGGGUAUGGAUUCGCACAUGUUCGGUCAGGUGGAGAGUGGUAUGAAAGUAAACUUGAUACCCGAGGCUGGGUUCUCCAGGAGCAGGCCCUUUCCCGACGCACUCUCCACUACACAGUUGCGGAGAUGUCGUGGGACUGUGCAACAUGUGUACAGUGCGAAUGCACAUCCCCGGCCGAGCAAAUCGAAAGUUGUUCGGUUGCAAUGCAAUUGCGGGCGUGCAAACUUAUGAUACAGCAGUCGAAUAUUCUCUCGCGUCAAAAGUGGUCCAAAAGUUCGAGAUGGGUUAAUUUCGUGGAGCUCUUUACGAAACGCAGCAUUACUUACGACACCGACAGGCUAUAUGCUUUAUCUGGUAUGGCUGCAACUAUAUCACCAUCUGAGAAAGGCUCUUUUCUUGCCGGUUUAUGGAAGGAAGAGCUUCCGUUAGCCUUACUUUGGCGGACGAAGGUCAACCACCACAACAUGAAGACUCUAGUGAGCAGGAGACAGCAGAAGUACUAUGCGCCUUCCUGGUCGUGGGCUUCUGUGACAGGACCAAUCGAAUAUAUUGCAUUACCCGGCAGAAAUUAUAGCUUCGAACUCAUUCCUGACCUUACAAUCCUUGAAGCAUCUUGCAUCCCAGUCGGUGCAAACCCCUACGGGCCGGUUCGGUUUGGAUAUCUCAAGGUAUCGGGACUACUAGCCCGUAUCGGUCCCCAAGUUAAACUAGAAAAACCUCAUGGGGAUCUGGAGGAGAGGCAGCCUGUCCGCAGAGGGUUUGAUUGCGAUGUUCUUGCCAAUGGCGAAGCCAUCGAGCUUCUAGACGGGGAUUCUCUAUGGAUUCUUCUUGUCGCUCAUGGCGGAAGGAUCAACCGAGGCUUCUCCAAACUUGAGGGACAUCACUGCAUUAUUCUGCGAACGUCAACUCGACAGCAAGGCGCGUUCGAAAGGGUGGGUUGUGUGUGGGCCCUGAAAGAAUACUGGGAUUCCGAACUCUCGAAGAGGGCGGAAAUGCAGAGCAUCAUCCUGAUUUAACGUCUCAGCGGCUGUGCAUACGUCAAAAGAACUGCAUGUUCGCGAUAUGAUCAACUAUUCCCCUAAGAAGGUGGUCACAUACAAGAGCUCCCCGUUUGAUAUAUUUUCGGAUCUAAAGGUGACGCAAAUGAAGAAAAUCUGGCUACAAGUAUAUCGGCUAAGUUCAUUGAAACACUACUAGUGUCACUGGCGACCCGAGUCUAUGUGGAGUUCCUUCAUAAAUAUGCGUCAGGUUGCGCUCAAUGAUCUUUUGUAGAGUGCAACAGAUGGCUGCCGCGAAUAUAUGGCCUGCUGUGCGAAUAGUUUUGAUUAAACGGGAUCAAUAUAUUGGUACAAAAGCGAUAUAUUGAGAGUUGGCGGUGCGUAGAAUGACUAGAUACAGCAGAGUGAAGUCUGAAAAC